GGGGCGCGCCUUCCUUGGGGCUGAGGAAGGGCCACAUUGGGGCCAGGCGGACGGGCUCGGUUGGUCCGGUUUCAGCCUAAUUAUUCUUUCUAUUAGGUCGAGCACGAAGUUGUGUGGUGCCUGCGCCAGUGUGCCGGGUGCUGCUGUUAAGCGGGGCUUGUCCUUGCUGGAGAAAAAGGUGGAAACGCAGAGAAGGUGGUGGGCGCGGUGCCGAGGCGGGCGCUGGAGAGCCGUGGAAAGGCGCGGUGUCCUUGGCAUCCUGCUCGCGAUUUGCCCGUGGUUUAAGGGCUGGUGCCUUAGUGCCGCAGAUGAGGGAGGGGAUUGGGUCAAGGGAGCGGUGUGACACAGGUACACGGGGAGACUCGCUAAAUCUGCGCCGCCGUGUCAACAAAGGUGACACGGGUGACCCGCAGCUUCGUGGUUGUGGCUCGUAACCGGGAGGAGCUUCACGUCUGUAGAAGUGUGCACGCGGCGCAGCAUCACUGAGGACUUUGACAUAGUAGAAAAUUUACAGACUAGAGGAGCAGCACCGCAGUCAUAAUAAACUGCUUUUGAAGUGUCCAGCUAAACUGCACUGCUGUGGUGGAUAGAAGAGGUACCUUAAUUAACAAACCGGACGGUCAGACCGAAGUGCAAGCACAGUCUGUAAGGAAGAGGCAAGUACGAACUCCCUGUGAAAAUGGCGGAAGCUCAUCAGGCAGUAGCUUUUCAAUUUACAGUAACUCCAGAUGGGAUUGACCUGCGAAUGAGCCAUGAGGCACUCAAACAAAUUUACCUAUCUGGUGUCUAUUCAUGGAAGAAAAAGUUCAUCAGAUUCAAGAAUGGAAUUAUCACCGGCGUUUAUCCUGCUAGCCCAUCUAGCUGGCUUAUUGUAGUUGUGGGUGUGAUGUCAACAAUGUAUGCCAAAAUUGAUCCUUCCUUAGGAAUUAUAGCUAAAAUCAACAAAACACUUGAUACAACUGGCUACAUGUCAAACCAAACACAGAACAUCGUGAGUGGAGUGCUUUUUGGCACUGGGCUUUGGGUUGCCCUUAUUGUCACAAUGCGCUACUCUCUGAAAAUGCUGCUUUCCUAUCAUGGUUGGAUGUUCUCUGAACAUGGCAAGCUUACUACAGGCACCAAGUGUUGGAUGGCCCUUGUAAAACUGUUCUCAGGACGUAAACCCAUGUUAUACAGUUUCCAGACGUCUUUACCACGAUUGCCAGUUCCAGCUGUUAAAGACACAGUCAAUAGGUAUCUGGAAUCAGUUCGGCCACUAAUGGAUGAUGAAAAGUUCAGAAGAAUGGAGGGUCUGGCCAAAGACUUUGCAUUUAAUUUGGGACCAAGGCUUCAGUGGUAUUUGAAGCUAAAAUCCUGGUGGGCCACCAAUUAUGUUAGUGAUUGGUGGGAAGAAUAUAUCUACCUUAGAGGACGUGGACCAAUUAUGGUUAAUAGUAACUACUUUGCAAUGGACUUCCUUUCUUUACGUCCCACAACUCUGCAGGCAGCUAGAGCUGGUAAUGUUAUCCAUGCCAUCCUGCUCUAUCGGAAAAAACUGGACAGACAAGAACUCAAGCCAAUUCUUCUGAUGGGAUCUACUGUUCCACUUUGUUCAGCUCAGUGGGAAAGGAUGUUUAAUACUUCCCGUAUCCCAGGAGAGGAAUCAGAUACUCUCCAGCAUGUGAAAGACAGCAAACACAUUGUUGUGUAUCACAAGGGCCGUUACUUCAAAGUGUGGCUGUACCAUGAUGGCAGACUCUUGAAACCCCGAGAAAUUGAACAGCAGAUGCAGAGAAUUCUUGAUGAUGAUUCAGAGCCUCAGGCUGGCGAAGCGAAACUUGCAGCUCUUACUGCAGGAGAUAGAGUACCAUGGGCUAAAGCUCGUCAGGCUUAUUUUAGCCGUGGAAAGAACAAACAGUCCUUAGAUGCUGUUGAGAAAGCAGCAUUCUUUGUGACAUUGGAUGACCUCGAGCAUGGGUACAAGAAAGAAGAUCCAGAGAGGUCACUGGAUGCAUAUGCAAAAUCAUUAAUACAUGGCAGAUGUUACGACAGGUGGUUUGACAAAACAUUCACUCUCAUAAUAUUCAAGAAUGGCAAAAUGGGUCUGAAUGCAGAGCACUCCUGGGCAGAUGCUCCUAUUGUUGGACACCUGUGGGAGAAUGUGAUGGCAACUGAGUAUCUGGAACUGGGCUAUUCAGAAGAUGGGCAUUGCAAAGGAGAUACCAAUCCAAAUAUUCCUAUUCCCACCAAACUACAGUGGGAAAUACCAGAAGAAUGUCAAGAAGUGAUUGAGAGGUCUCUGAGCACUGCCGUAGCUCUGGCAGACGAUGUGGACUUCUGUUCAUUUUUCUUUGAAACUUUUGGAAAAGGACUAAUAAAGAAAGCAAAAACCAGCCCUGAUGCCUUUGUGCAACUUGCCCUGCAGCUUGCUCACUAUCGGGACAUGGGAAAAUUUUCUUUAACAUAUGAAGCCUCUAUGACACGCUUAUUCAGAGAAGGCAGGACUGAAACUGUUCGUUCGUGUACUGUUGAGUCAUGUAAAUUUGUUCAAGCCAUGGAAGACCCAACUGAAAGUAAUGAAAAUAAGCUGAAAUUCUUUCGGCUUGCUGCUGCCAAACAUCAGCUCUUAUAUCGUCUUGCCAUGACUGGUGCUGGCAUUGACCGCCAUCUGUUUUGCCUUUAUGUCGUGUCCAAGUACCUUGCGGUGGAUUCUCCUUUCCUUAAGGAAGUUUUGUCAGAACCUUGGAGGCUGUCAACGAGUCAGACACCACAGCAACACAUUGAUCUAAAGAAGAACCCUGAGAUGUUAUCCUCUGGUGGAGGAUUUGGACCGGUGGCUGAUGAUGGUUAUGGUGUUUCUUACAUUAUCUUGGAUGAAAAUUCCAUUCAUUUCCAUGUCUCCAGCAAAAUAUCUUGUUCUGAGACGGAUUCUCAUCGUUUUGGAAAAAACAUCCAAAAAGCAAUGGUUGACAUCAUGGGUUUAUUUAACCUCGGUAAAAACUGUACAAAGUGAAACACUUCCUUGGUGCCAAGCAAUCUCCUCUUGUUGGGAUGAGAACUCUUCUGCACAGUGAACUAGAGCAAGGUCUGUCAAACAGUAGCUGGCGAAGAAACUGGUCAACACCUUCUUAAACAUCUAUUAAGACUUUAGCAGUGUAUUAAAUUUUUCUUUUUUUUU